AUGGAGAACCUGUCCCCAAACGUCACAGAUGACUUCAACUGUAAAACAAAUCGAUACAGCGAARAAAUUGUUGCAGAAAUUGUUGUGAGAUCUGGUUUGGUUAUUCUGGGGACAGCUCUCAAUGUCAUCGUUUGUUUAACAUUUUGGUUCAACCCACGAUUUAUCUCAAACUCGACUCUUUUCUUGUGGAAUCUCAGUGCAGCCGAUCUGGUAACAAGUGUAAUAUCAAUACCAGUGUCAUUGUGGGUCUCGUUUCUGCAGUUGAAUGACGCAACGAACGCGGGAAGGUCGGAUGUUGGACAUUUUAAAAUUCCUUGGAGUACUGCUGUCAUCGUUGCAGCCUUUGCUGCGUCUAUCUUCAACCUCGUUGUGAUGAGUAUUGACCGUUGUCUCAUGAUUCGAUUACCAAUUGCAUAUAGAGGAUUCAUCAGCGUCAAAAAGGUCAAAAUAGCUAUUUUAGGGAUAUGGUUAUCAGCAUUGGUCAAUUUUGUGCUAGUCACUACAAGAUCAAUCCCUAAUGAUGUAUUUUCAAAGGCAGUGUUCGUUAGUCUUGUAAUAUGUUAUUUGAUUAUCUUUUUGUGUUAUAUGAUUUUAUACCGCGGUAUUAAGAGGCAGGGAAGCGCUACAGCCAGCGACGAAACUAGUAGCAACACACACGGAAGGCAGCAGGUGAUAGAGAAGGAAYUGGCCAAGACGAUAGCAAUUAUCAUCGUUGUCUUCACAGCUUCCUGGUCACCACUAGGCUACGCAAUGCUUACCCACUCUGACUUUGAAGAAUAUGCGAAUUGYAAUGCAUUCCCUCAUUGGGCAGCUACCAUUGGCAUGGCAACCGCUGUGGUACAUCCRUUGAUAUACGUUGGUAGAAAGCGCGAGUAUUUGGAAGCAGCGUGUGCGGUGCUGAGAAUCCAGCUGUAG